CUUUCGACAAACCGUAACCCUUAUAUUAAGUUGCUCGUCAUUUUAUCCUUCCUUUUCUAGGGUUUAUCGCAGAAGAGAAAAGAGAGCCGUCAACUCUUGGUUCCACACCAGAAGCAGCAGCAGCAGCAGCAGCAGCAGCAAGAAUGCCUUCUCACAAGUCAUUCAUGAUCAAGAAGAAACUGGCGAAGAAGAUGAGGCAGAACAGGCCUAUCCCUCACUGGAUUAGGAUGAGGACUGACAACACUAUCAGGUACAAUGCAAAGCGCAGACACUGGCGCAGAACCAAGCUUGGAUUCUAGAUGGAUGGGUUAUUUGUUGAUGAUUAGAGCUUGUUUACGGUUAUUUCUUAGACAUGUUUUUGUUUCUCAGUUUCAGUAAAAAGAUGGUAUUAUCUCAGGAUUUCGGUUUUGAUUUAGAGAUAUCAAAUGUGUUCUUUAAUUACUACGUCUAAAGUUUCGACUAAUUAUAUUUUGAGCACCACUUGUUAUACAUUGCCAUUCUUAAUACAGUUUUCUGAGAUUAUUAUUAUUAUUUUUAGUGUUGAAG